GUCACGUUCGCCUCCAGCCUGGAGCAGUCGAAAGAAGAACGGGAGCAGUAAUCAAUGCCCCUUUCAAUGUGUUGGAAAUAUCGACCCCCAGCCCCAGAGCCCGAGCAGGACUCAUAACCCACCACCUUCCGUGGCCCCUUCCUCUCCCCCUGCCCCCUCAAAGCUUAGUAUUAAAAAAAAACCCAAGAGCUGGGCCUCUUAGCAAAGCUAAGUUACCCCAGCUCGCAUCUAAAGGGUUUAUUUUCGGGACAGAUCGACUGUAUAGGCAGUUGAUGUCUCUCCGGCUCCCUGCUUUCUGCUUGUAAGUUUGCAGAAAUCCCACAGACAUGUUGACUAGAAGGUAAAAAAAAUCGCAAAUCCGGCUCUAUUUUGCUUUUUUUUAUUUUAACAAUAACGCCGGGUGGCAGAUCCGUAUGUGGGACUCGAAUUGGAUUCUUGAGGGGGUGUCCGGUGUCUUGUACUUGAGGGGGGAGAGAGGGAGAGAGAGAACCUUCCUUGAAAGGAGAGCGUUCAAUGACUGAUUUUGCAAGAGUUUUUUUUUCCUUUCGCCCCCAGUGUCUCUCUCCCUCUUUCCCUGGAUGAAUCCGAACAGUGAUGCAGCCAGGGACCUACAGUCCAAAUUAAUCCAGCACAACAUGGCAGAUCGACACCGUGUUUAGCAAGGAGAGAAGCAACUGCCUUUGUAUUCUGCCAUGCAUAGCACACAGUACUGCACCGAUGGCCCCGAUGUACCAAGGUAUGGCCUCACAAGUGCAAGUCUUUUCCCCUCACACAAUCCAGUCAAGUGCCUUCUGCAGUGUGAAGAAACUGAAAGUGGAGCCGGGUUCUAACUGGGAUAUGACCGGGUAUGGUUCACACAGUAAAGUCUACAACCAGAGCAAGAGUCCGAACCUCGCACAGUCAACAAUCAGCGCUUCUCUUCAAGUUACCAAUCCGAAUCUGUCCUACGAGCAGACGGUGAUUUUCCCAGCCAGUGCCGGCCACAUUGUCUUCACAACAGCAAACAGCACAUCGGGGGUGGUGGCCGUGUCUGCUCAGGCCUUGGGAGGCCCGCAGAACCUGACCCGCCGCAGCACUGUGACCCUCCUCGAUACCUACCAGAGAUGCGGCCUGAAGCGGAAGAGUGAGGAACUCGAGGACACCGGCAGCGUGCAGAUCAUCGAGGAGCAUCCGCCAAUGCUUCAGAACGCCACCAGCGGCGCCACUGUUGCCACGGCAGCCACUUCCACCGCCACUUCCAAGAACAGUGGGUCAAACAGCGAGGGUGACUACCAGCUCCUGCAGCACGAGGUGCUGUGCUCAAUGACCAACACGUACGAAGUGUUGGAGUUUCUCGGCCGGGGGACGUUUGGCCAAGUAGUGAAGUGCUGGAAAAGGGGGACCAAUGAGAUUGUAGCCAUCAAGAUUCUGAAGAACCACCCUUCCUAUGCAAGGCAGGGCCAAAUCGAGGUGAGCAUCCUUGCUCGACUGAGCACAGAGAGUGCGGAUGACUACAAUUUUGUCCGGGCCUAUGAGUGCUUUCAGCACAAGAACCACACUUGCCUUGUCUUUGAAAUGCUGGAACAGAACCUGUACGACUUCCUGAAGCAGAACAAGUUCAGUCCGCUGCCCCUCAAGUACAUCAGGCCCAUCCUGCAGCAGGUGGCCACAGCCUUGAUGAAGCUGAAGAACCUCGGCCUGAUUCACGCUGACCUGAAGCCAGAGAACAUCAUGUUGGUGGACCCGGUCAGGCAGCCGUACCGAGUAAAGGUGAUAGAUUUCGGCUCAGCGAGUCACGUCUCGAAAGCUGUGUGUUCCACUUACUUACAGUCCAGGUAUUACAGAGCACCAGAGAUCAUCCUGGGACUGCUGUUUUGUGAGGCCAUUGACAUGUGGUCACUUGGGUGUGUUAUUGCCGAACUAUUCUUGGGGUGGCCAUUGUAUCCAGGAGCUUCGGAGUACGAUCAGAUCCGUUACAUUUCACAAACACAAGGGUUACCAGCGGAGUACUUGUUAAGUGCAGGGACAAAGACAACACGGUUCUUCAACAGAGAUCCAGAUUCAUCUUAUCCACUAUGGAGGCUUAAGACACCAGAAGAUCACGAGACAGAGAUGGGGAUCAAGUCGAAGGAGGCAAGGAAAUACAUUUUUAACUGUUUGGAUGAUAUGGCACAGGUGAACAUGACGACAGAUUUGGAAGGAAGUGAAAUGCUGGCAGAGAAGGCAGACAGACGGGAGUUUAUUGAUCUGCUGAAGAAGAUGUUGACCAUUGAUGCGGACAAGAGAAUUACACCGAUUGAGACACUGAGCCACCCCUUUGUAAUGAUGACCCAUCUAUUAGAUUUUCCUCAUAGCACACAUGUCAAGUCCUGCUUUCAGAACAUGGAGAUUUGCAAGCGAAGAGUCAAUAUGUAUGACACAGUGAAUCAGAGUAAGACGCCUUUCAUCACGCAUGUGGCUCCAAGCACAUCGAGCAAUCUAACAAUGACCUUCAGCAACCAGCUCAGCACAGUGCACAACCAGGCCAACAGCCUGGCUCCCACAUCCACAAGUGCCACCCUUUCCCUUGCCAACCCUGAUGUCUCCUUACUUAACUACCAAUCUGCACUUUACCAGCCUUCAGCAGCAUCCAUGGCAGCUGUUGCCCAAAGGAGCAUGCCACUGCAGACGGGAGCUUCGCAGCUGUGUGCUCGUCCUGAUCCCUUCCAGCAAGCCUUGAUUGUGUGUCCACCUGGAUUUCAAGGAUUGCAGGCUUCUCCGACCAAGCAUGCUGGGUACUCUGUCCGAAUGGAGAAUGCUCUUCCAAUUGUUACACAGGCUCCAGGAGCUCAGCCUCUUCAGAUCCAGCCUGGCCUACUGACACAGCAGGCUUGGCCUGGUGGUACCCAGCAGAUCCUUUUGCCUCCAGCCUGGCAGCAGCUAACAGGAGUGGCAGCUCACACUUCAAUGCAACAUGCUACUGUUCUUCCAGAGACAAUGGCAGGGGCCCAGCAACUGGCAGACUGGAGGAACACCCAUCCGCACACCAGCCAUUACAAUACCAUCAUGCAGCAGCCGGCCCUCCUGGCGAGUCAUGUGACCUUGCCAUCUGCUCAACCUUUGAACAUUGGCGUCGCUCAUGUAAUGAGACAGCAACCCACAUCAAGCUCCACCUCAAAGAAGAACAAGCAACAGCAGUCCACUGUUAGGAAUAUGUCAACCUACGAAGUCUCCUCCACCCGAAGCUUCAAUUCCCACUCCCCUCAGCGCUCGAAACGUGUGAAGGAGAAUACCCCGCCGAGGUGUGCUGUGGUGCAGGACAGUCCAGCCUGCAGCACCUUAACAUGUGGCUGGGGGGAGGCCACCAGCACAACCCAUGAGCACCAGAGGCAGACCAUAGUUAUUCCUGACACGCCUAGCCCAGCUGUCAGUGUCAUCACCAUCAGCAGUGACACUGAUGAAGAGGAGGAACACAAACGAGUCCCCAACAGACUGUCAAAGCAGAGGAAAAAUGUCAUCAGCUGUGUCACAGUGCACGAUUCGCCAGACUCGGACUCCUCGAGCAACAACAGCCCAUAUGCCAUGCAACAGCAGCACACCAUCAGCAGCACUGCAAGCAACCCGGCCAAAGGACGGUCAGAUAGCCACUACUGUGGGAACCCACGCACCAUUAUUGUCCCGCCUCUCAAGACACAGUCGAGUGAUACUGUGGCAGGGUGUGACCGCCUUGCACCAGGCACACAAGGACAUCAUUCAUUGAUCCACAAGCCCAAAAACUCCAGCACAACAACAUCCAAUACAACCCACUCUUCAGCAAGUUACUCAGCGAUAUCAUCUUACCGACAACAGAGGUCAACAGCCCAUUCCUUUCAACAGCAACCCCUCAAUCUCAGUCAGGCUCAGCCACAUGUGACAGGGAUCCAGGAGCGGAGUGGCAACCAUGGACAUCGGAGGCAGCAAGCUUACAUCACACCGACCAUUGCUCAGGCCCCCUACUCGUUCCCACAUCGUAGUCCUUCACACACUGUGCAUCCUCAUCUAGCAGCGGCCCAUCUAUCCGGGCAGCCUCACCUGUACACCUAUGCCACACCUGCUGCCCUUGCACCCACGGGCACAGUGGCUCACCUUGUGGCAUCACAGGGGUCUACCAGGCACACUUAUGCCACCCAUCCUGGAGGCAUAGUUCACCAAAUGCCCGUUGGUAUGGGACCAAGGGUACUGCCUUCUCCGACCAUCCACCCAAGUCAGUAUCAAGCCCAAUUUGCCCACCAGACAUACAUCAACGCUUCACCAGCCUCAGCUGUCUAUACCGGAUAUCCAUUGAGUCCAACCAAGGUCAACCAAUACCCCUACCUUUAAGACUCAAGAACAACAAAGAUAUUGUAUUGAAUUGAAACAAGCAACAAUGCAUCUCAUACUUGAGAAGGUAGUUGAGAAAUAAACCGGAAGGAAGAGCACUCAGUCAUGGGAUGAAAACUACAAAUCUUUUUUAAAUCAGAAGUUUAUUAAAAAAAAACCAAAUUUUGAAAGCCUGACAAUUGACCUCUGGCCCGUGAUGAAGAUGUAUGAAGGGGAGUCGAGCAACAAUGUUCGGUGGAUAUUUAAUCUCUGAAAUAAUUUAAGGACUUGUGACUUUGGGACCCUGGAAGCUACUCUGAGAGUUUGGUUGAAGUUUUUAAUUGAUGAAGUUCAGUAAAUGAACUACAGUUGAUUUCUCAAAUUCAGUUUAUUUUAUUUUUUGUUUCGAUAAACAAAUAGCUGCUCAUCUUUUCCUAAAUCAAACCCUCCUUGUGAAGUUGGAGGCUGCCAGGGCCCCUUUUAGAAUGUAGGGAGAUGAGGAAAGCUUCAUUCAAUUAUAUGAUACCAAUAGAUAUUAAUCGUGAUUGCACAACCCUGAUUCAACUUAGCUAUGUUCUUAAGGCAUGUUAGUUGUGACAGUUCUGAGUUCCACUGUGUGUGUGUGUGCGCGUGUGUGUAUUUUUGUGUGUGUGUGUUAUCUUUGCUGUCUAUUGUUUCUUUUUAGCAGAAAGCUUCCUGUCAUGUUUCAAACAUAUUUCCUUGUAGUGCCUUACAGAAAAGGACAAGAAUUCCUCCAGACUUCCAAUAGAUCCAAUGGAGUUGGUAUUAAUGCUGAGGCAAUCCUCCCAGUCACAAUUCUUGGGCAUGAUGGCUCUGCAUGAUGAAAGGACUGGGACUAAGAAAGUGUAGGGUUGCAUUUGGAGAAACACAGUCUGAGUUUGCAUGUCCUUUCUUCUCUUUACAACUCCUCAGGUGUUGGCAGCUCAUAAUUCCCUUUCCAGGUAGACUAUCAGUGUAGACAGAACAUAAUGUUGUAAGCAACAAAGUGCCAUUUGACUCGUCAAGCUCUCAAAUCUCCCAGUAGUCUAUGUAUAAUUCUUGUAAUAUAGAUGUAUCCCUUCCACUCUCUGCCCAUUGAUCCACCAAUAUAAAUGGACACCUGUUUCCUGUGAACAAUGUCAAGUCUUUUCAUUAAACUCUGUGUCCUAGUGCCAAUUGUCAUUUAAUUAAUGAGUUUCUGUUAAUAAUUGGUGUUGACAUCAAUUCAGUCAUGGAAGGUAUGACCAUAAUGUCACAAAUGGUGUGUACUUGGCAAGGGGAAAAAAAUUAGAGAAAAAAUAAUGAGAUCUGCCAUAUUGCACAAUGUUCCUAGGUAAUUCAAAUGUAUACUGUGUGGUUCUUAGGUACAUGGAGUUGAUGUUUUCUGGUAUCACCUUUGGAACACGUCUAUUUCAGCCCACUAAAACAUUCUGCUUCUGUCAUUACUUUUAAAAAAAAAUUUCCUCCAUGACUGCAUCAUUUUAAAUUAUGUCCUUUUCCAACUAAAUAAAGAGAAAACAACUAGUUAUCUCCUUUAAGCAACUCAAUGUUGAAUCUUUUCCUGCAAGGACACAGUUCUUCUGUUCAUUUUCUACCAUCUUCAUAGUUUCUCAGAAUUAGCUUAAUCUUAUUGAAUGGUGAAGCAGGCUUGUGAAGUUGAGUGGCCUCCUCCUGUUCCUAUGUAUCUGCCUUUACUGAUGUGGAUGCCUUCUGGUACCCUGCAGGAAUUUGAGAGAGAUCCAGAGGGCAUCACAGCUGAACCAAUCCUGUGUGUAUGUAUUUACACCCCACAAGAUAUGUUGGUUGAUGAUUUCUAGAGUCCUAGUCAGAAGCAGAUUUCACCUGUUCCCGCAUUUCUGACUCUGAAUCACUGAGGCCAACUCGGGCUUCUCCUUCAUGUCACCACAGCUGACAUUACAAUCCAUGACCAAGGCUGUGGCCAUUUGAGGCAAAUGUGUCCAAGCAACUCACUGAUCUGACCAACAGAGACAUGAAGGAAGUGGAAUAAAGAGUUUAGGAAUGAUCUACGGUAACAGUGGUUCUGACUGACCUGACACCUGGCAAUUCUGUUCUGUACGUUUGACUCAUCAUAAAAAGGUCCAGGGAAGAGGGCUUGAGAAUCUGAACUGGUGAAAUUGCAAGUUAGGUUUCUUCUUAUUAGAAUGAAUAUUUUAAAAACAGAGAAAAAAUUAUGAGCAGAAUAUCUUUGUUCACCACACAAAUUUAGCGUGACUGGCAUUUUGUAAAAGAACAUUUCAGUUUUUCCUUUUCAGUGUAGUACUUUAACAAAUAUCUUCAUUAGCUGCUGUUUUAAAUGUUUUGAAUUUGUGGUUAUUUUUUCUCUUGGUUAACUUGUUUUCUUUCUUAAAAAAACCAGCCCUACAUUUUUAAAGGAAACCAUUUAAUUUCUGUCUUUUCACUCCCAAUUGUGCUGUGUAUGUGUUUUCUUUCGAGCAGAAUUGUCCAAUAGAGUUCACUGGCUAUAACCAUACAGUUUUAAUCACAAUUAUUUUAAUACACAUCCUCUCGCAAUACAAGUAAGUGUAUUUCACAGGUAUAUCUUUACUGAAAAAAACAUCUAGCAGUAUUCAGUAAGUAAGGAAGCAAAACAAAUACUACAUUCUGCUUUUCAUCACCAUUUACCAACAAACACAAAAGAUACACACGUAUAAGUCAUGUGAAUAAUACUAACAUCACAUGCCCAAUACUAACAUCAUACUAAUCCAAAAUAACAUCUGUAUUCCCUAUGAGCCACAUCUGAAGAUGUAAUUAGCCAAAUGUAGCCAGUGGCUAAUGAAGUGGGCUACAUUGCAUUAGGGAAGAAAAAAAUGUGAUUGAAUUUUCACAGAGGUUGCCUUCUUGUAUGAGUUGUGUAAUUAAUAGUCUUUAGGUUGUUAAAGGCUGACAUGAGUUGAGUUGACUUCUAAGUCAGGUAAAGUGCUCAGUACAUUCUCAAAGUCUGAUCAAUUAUACCCAUGUUCACUGUGCAUUCUAAAGACCAGGCUUUGCAAUAACCAGGUGCAAUCCCAUCAAGGAGGAGAGCUGGCUGUGAGUGAGUGUAAGGAUGUGAAUAAAGAAUAAGUCACUCACAUAUACAAAAACAAAAUGACACUUGACACCAAAGAAAUCACAUUUUAUGGCAUUAUUUGUGCUUUGCUGCCUCUGACUGUCAGGCUCUUUCAUGAAGAUUAUCUGUUAGGAGGAGACAGCUGGAAUUUAUUCCUCUUUAUUUGUAAUUAACACUUAAUACUUGACUUUAUUUUUUUCAUUAGGUGGGAAUUUCUCAAAGGUUUAAUAGUUACUGGCAUUGCUGCUAUUUUUAUGUAUGUAAACAUUCAAGUGAGUCUGUAUCUGUUCUAUAUGUAUAUACAUAUGUUUAUAUAUAAGGAAGAAAAAAAAACCUAAUCAUUAAAUUUGGGAAGGGGCAUAAAAGUUACUGAUUAUCAAUAAGAGUCUGCAUAGUUUCAACUGUUAAUUCACACAUGAAUCAAUUUUUAUUCUAUUUAAUACAAUUAUACUUGCAUCCCAAACAAAAGGAUACAGGUAUUUUUCAACUCAGAAUCAAUGACAAGCCCCUCUGCUUCCCCCUACCCUGACCACGUCAACUUGAAACCAUUGGGUGCCUGUAGGGCUGAAAUAGGGAGUUAGCAAUAGCUUUUAGAGAAUGAAUGAAUAAUAAUGGAGCAGUCAUUUCAAUAGUGACCUGUGCAUGGCUGGAAUUUGUCAAUAGGGUGAAAUCUAUCUGGUGUCUGAUCUUGUUCCAUGCUAGCUCUUUUUCUUAAGCACCUUGUUGCAGUUUGGUUGUUUAAAUCAAACAUUUUUGUCUUCUUUAAAUAUGUGUUUCUGAGUAUCUUAACAAUUUGGCGGAAAGUGCCUUUGUCUUGGAAACCCUUCAAUGUAUAUUGGCAAUAGAGUGCAUGGAUUUAAAGAAGGCAAGAUUUCAAAUUCAGAGCUGAAGGCUGUGACAAUUCAAUGAGGUCCAACACAAUGGAGAGACACAGCUACUACAUUAGCUAUCAGUGUUCCAUGCUUUCCCCCUCUAGAACAUUGCUGGGCUAAACAUAAGUGGGCGGCUAAACAUAAGUGGGCCCAUAUUGGAGGUGCGAUCACAUGUACAGAGUUAUGUGGAGUGAAGGUGAGAAGCAGUAGGGUUGCCAAGCAUUUGGGAUUGUCCUGGAGUUUCCAGAAAGCAAGAUGAAUUAAUCUCCCCAAUGCUGUGAGCAACCCAAGAUAAAAUUCAUAGGGGCAUGCAAAUUCUGUGACUUUUCUUUUUAUUAUAAGCACAGAGAGAUAGGGAUUAAAGAGCUUUUGGACUGAGAUGGAUAAUAGUGAGGCAUUGUUUGAUCAGACACCAAAGCGGAACAUUGGGCAAAUGGAAGAUUUGGAGAGAGGGAAAAUUAAGUUCUAGCCAAUAUUUGGAGAUUAAAUGCUUCCCAGCAUUCCAUCUAACCCCCUUUCUCCACUGGUUGCAUGCAUGUCUUUGUGAGUAUUGGCAAAUCUAGUGGAAUUGGGUCUAAAAAGUGUUGUUGGAAACCUGUUUGUAACUUUGUUAUGGGAGGGGGUGAAUUUGUCUGUACAUGCACUUCAGAUUUUCAUUUUAGGUGCAAGGUUGCAGAAAUUAUUGUGCAGUGUUAUGGUUCUUUGGAUGAGCUGCAACAUAUUCAGGGUCUGGUGCUAAAUUUACGGGAGAAUUUUCUUUUACAUAGAUUAAUCUGACCUGAAUAAGAUUUUGAAAUAAGGAAAUGGUGGUUGAUUUAGUGUUGCAUUUGUUAGUUGUUUAUUUUUUUCUUUAAGCCUCAAACACAGGCUGCCUUUAAAUAUGCCAUUGUGGCUGGAUACAGGAUUGCGAUGGUGAAGUAUUCACAUCAUGACUGUUACCAGUUAUUUAUUCUCCCUUCCUUCAACUCCUGAAUCUUUGCUGCCAUCAGGUUUUCCAUGAUGCCUUGCACAAGCAACCAAUCUGAGCUCAUAACACACAAUGUGGACGGAUAUUAAAGGAAUGAAUAAUGAUUAGCAACAUACUUAACACUGGUCUGGCUCAAAUCAGUCCACUCAGCACUAAUCUGGACAUUUCUAUUCCCUGAGUGAAUGUAUUGAGCCGUCAGGAGAGAUUUUUAAUAGAUGUUUUAACCUUGCCUGGUGGCACUUCUUUACCUUCUAUAAUACAUACCAAUUCAAGCUUUGAUUUGGAAAGAAAGUGAUGUUAGAAACUUGUACAAUUGCAAUUGAGCUGAUGUGGAAGAGGGUCAGGUGAUAUGAUUUUAAAAAGCAGUGGGAAGGAGUCUGAUAAUGGGACUACAGUAGAUUGAGAUUGCUAUGUUAAUGAAGCAGGAGUAUAGCAUUGUGCACAAUAUACAAGAAGGAAUAAUGAAGGCUACAGUGGUUUAUGAUGUAGUUGGUAUAAGAUAUUGAUGCUUUUUAGGAUGCUUUUCAGUGAGAUAAAGUGUUUAAAAGUCCAUAAUUUGAUAUUUGGUUUAAUGGGAAAAUAUACAAAAGAAGGAUUUACUCCCAAACUAACUUGCUGUGCUGGCACUCCAUGUCCUGCCUACCAUGCUCUACCGUUGCAUUGCUUUGCCCACAGUGCCCUGCUGCACUGACCAUCCCAAACUUCAAAGACCUGAUCACAAUGUCCUGCCCACACUUUGACCCUCUGCUGUGUCCAUGUCAUCCUGCCCUGCUUGUUCUGCACUAUGCUACUACAUCACACUACACUGCUCACAUCACCCUUGCCACACCAACCACCAUAUUUGUACUCACCCUUACCCAUUCCGUCCUGCUCUGCUCACUGAUUUUACAAUAGAGCUGACAGUUUGAUUGAGAAAUGAUGUCCCCCAACAGGCUAGAACAUACCAAAUACAGGCUGGAGUUGCCAACCCUCAGGCAAGGAUAGAUUGAAACAGGACAGGAUGCAAAUGCAAAAUAAGAAUUCUAAAGAAGUUACUCUAAGUGGGUGAAAUUUUCUGCCCUAAAAUUCUUCAUUUGUUAUCUUAGUUAACUUGAGAAAACCCAAUAAUUGAUUCUUCCUUUUAAUACACUGUUGUUCUUCCUGGUGAGAUGUUACUGGUGGUUAGUUAUUCUAAAUUUCUUAACCAAUAGCUGCUUGGAAUUAAAAGUCUUUGAUUCUUGGCAUUCAGGAGGAUCCUACUCAGGUGCAGUGUUAGUGUCCCUAACCCUGAACGGUGAGACUCAGGUUCAAGUCCCACCUGCUCCAGAGGUGUGUAAUAACAUCUCCAAAUAAGUUGGUUAGAAAAAUUGGUGUUGACAUCUGGGAGGGAUUCAUGUGGUGCAGUGGUAGUGUCCCUACAACCAAGCUGGGUACCCAGGUUCAAGUCCCAAAUGUUCCAGGGGUAUGUAAUAACAUCGCUGAGAAGGUUAAUUAAAAAUUAUUUUUGAAAAAAACACAGUUCAGCCAGAAACUCAAGUCAUAGUUACGCAAUGCCUGUUUAUCUAUAAAGUUCUCAGUCUCCAUAUUGAGGGGCUCUUGUGGUGUAGUGGUAGCAUCCCUCCCUCUGAAUUUGGAGGCCAGAGUUCACAUCUCAUCUGCUCCAGAAUAACACCUCUGAAUCGGUCAAUUAGAAAAUAAUUUGGCAAUCGAGAAAAAAGCUCUGCCCCCUCAACUCUCAUUGAUGUGACCUUCCAGGAAUCACUUCAUGUUAAAUUGAGAGAAGGGGGAGAAAGGGAAUCUCAGUGGUCAAUGUGGACAUAUUUAUUGCAUUUACACAGAUGUGGACAGUACUCAUCUCUGCUGCAAGUUUCACCUUUCCUCUCCAAGGUAUCUUUGGGGUUUUAAACUCAGAAUUCUGUCUCAUCCUUGUUCAGUGUCAAAACCUGAUAACCUGCAUUAAACUCUCCGUAGGUUUGUGUUUCAGUGUAUUAUUCUAUGUUCUUUUCUUUGUGGACUGUCUUACUUGCUCUGUAAUUUGUUGUCUUUUUAAAGAUGGGGGCAUGGUUUUGGUGCAGGGAGGAGUGAGAUGUUGUAGGAAUAUAUGUACAAUGUAGAAACUUAUAUCUUUGCCCCAUAUUCUAGGUAUGGUUACGAGAAUGUUUAUUUUGCUGAAUUGUAGAGUGUUUUUUUAAAAAAAAUCAAGUUCAGCCAGAAACUCAAGUCGUAGCUACUAAAUGCUUGUGUUUUUCUAAUGAUGUUGUGAGCUCACUCUUAAUUGUUUCAGUUGUAGGAGGAAUGAGUGCAAAUUUUAUGGUCUCAUCUUGAAACUAAUAUUAGAAGCAUUGUAAAUUAAAAGAAGAUUUUAAUGAAAAAUAGAGUAUAUAGUUAUUUUAACUGUUACUAUUAACUGUAGGGAGAAAAGGGGGUCUAUUGUUGUGAACUGUUUAGCUUGUAGUUCACUGGUUGUUGAUCAUUUUUUCGGUCUCCAAGGUGAAUCUGCUUAUCUCCUAAUCAGAAUAUAUGCACUCACAUAUGCAUAUUGUAUAUGUGUGGAAAUGUAAUCACAAACUGUCUUGGAUUUACAUUAAACUGUUUCAAAUCACUCCA